AUGGUCCUCGCAAUGACCACAGCACGCGAAAUCACGUUUCCCCCAACGUCUGGCUUCGCCUCGGACCAAGCCGUCUUCGGUCAAGCCGGCAUCGAUAUCACAACAGGAUCAGCCUUUGCCGGAUUGACGACCUAUGCGAAUUUGCCCCAUGUGCAUUGCUUGGCCGGGGAAGAGGAAGACGUAGAGAAGUACGACAUCGCUAUUCUGGGAGCGCCGUUCGACACCGCCGUAACAGCCCGGCCCGGUGCCCGGUUCGGGCCGGGAGGAAUCCGCGCGGGUUCACGAAGAAUCGCGCCGGAGGCGGCUUGGGAUAUCUACACGGGCGAAAAUGUGUUCCUCGAUUGGGCUAAAGUCGUUGACUGUGGAGAUGCUCCUUUGACGUUUUUGGACAACACGGUUGCCCUAAAGCAACUUGACGCCUCCCAUAAGAUUGUAUCCGGACGAGUUGCCAAUUCAAGCAAGUAUAGAACGCCCAGAAUUAUCACGCUAGGUGGCGACCACACCACGACGCUGUCCGCUCUGCGUUCGACAUACCGGCGCUGGGGCGAAGUCAGUGUCAUACACUUCGAUAGCCACAUAGAUACGUGGGACCCGAAAGUGCUUGCAGGUGGCGGCAUCUCGCACUAUGCUGGGCUAAACCAUGGCACAUUUCUACACAUCGCACACGAGGAAGGUUUGAUUCGAAACAAUUCAAUCCACGCCGGCAUCCGAGCGCCGAUGGUGCGUCCGAAGGGGGACCUCAAGAAUGAUGUUCGGUGCGGGUUCGAGAUGGUCAAAGCCAGAGACAUAGACCGCAUCGGCGCGUCUGGUGUCAUCGAGAGACUGAAGCGGAGAGUCGCAGACUCCAAGGUCUACAUCAGCGUAGAUAUCGACGUGCUUGACCCUGCAUUUGCUCCCGCAACGGGAACAGCGGAGGUUGGUGGAUGGACGACUCGGGAGCUGCUGUCAAUCCUCGACGGACUUUCUGGGCUUCAGGUGGUCGGUGCUGACGUAGCUCCCAUAUAUGACAAUCCUGGAGAGACGACGGUGCUCGCCGCUGCUGAGGUGGUUCAUGCGCUAGUACGGCUCAUGGUUCAUCAGCCAGUCGAGACGGCCGAGUAG